AUGGAAAAGAUGAAACAACGCGAAGGCCACUCGGCUUGUUCAUCGCAGACGCAGCAGUGGCCGACCCGACUCACGCAUGAUGAUCCGGCCGACAAUAACAACCUGGCCUCUUCGACGAUCAACAUCCUUGAUGAGCUAUCGCCAGUCCAGCAGACCCCGACUUCACUCACGCCAAAUACUUUGACCAUGGAAGGGCCCUUAAUGCACUUGGGCGACAGUGCGUAUCGGCCGCCAUCUUUCCCUGAUCUAGGUAGCUCUGAGAGCCAGCCCAGGCCUGAGAAUAUAGACUACUUAACCGCGACCGCGGACUUGAACAUCUACGGCCACGUCAGAACUGAGUCUAUCGAACGGACUCUAGCGCCCGUAGAUGUGGCAGCCAACAUGAGCUCUUGGGGGGUCGUACUGUUAUCAGAGGGACUUCCGGUUCAACCUAGAGCUCUCUGCUCCAACGGAUCUGGCUUUGUGCCACGCCCCUUUGUCUCGCAGCCUGCCAUGUCCCACGGCCACGGCCGCGGCUACUUGAUCCGUCUCCGGAAACACUUUGGCCUCCACCACCUGAAUAACCGCCGGGUUGGAGAGUUACUUAAUUCGUGA